GUUGCAGAAGAAUAAUUUCAACGUUUCACUGUGAAGUUUAUAUACACCAUUAGAAAUGGAUAACAGUCCAAGAAAAAAAAGAGUUAAAUCCAUGACCUACCGAGCACUGUCACAAGAAGAAAGAAGAGGUAUAAUAGUUUCUCAAUUACUGGAGAGCUAUGCUUCCAAUGCUAAUGAGCAGGCCUUCCAGGAUAAUCCACGGGCACCCAUAACUGUCCUACCCUUUUCUUCUUCGCAAAGUGAAGACAGUCCAGUCGAGAGGAUAGGAAACAUAACAUGGUGUCUCUGUGAUUCUUGUAUCCCAAUGCCUACACACAUUGAAUCCGUUUGUUGCAGAGAAGUUACACUAGUUGAAGCCAAUAUCCCAGAGGGAAUGAAUUGUAUGACAAGUGCCCCUAUCUUUAUUUCCCAAUUUACAACACAGGCACAUGUUUACAUCACUUACAUGGCAAUCUACCAACAAGAACGACCUCUAAUUGAUGCAGACAACAAUAGGCGACUAAGGAAAACUGCAUAUCGUGCUUUUAUCGGGUGGAUUUAUGGCUUUCUUGGGAAAGGCAACCGCAAAGUGAUUCCUUCAUGUGUUGUAAAAUCUAUUAGAGAGGCGUUUCCCGAUCCAAAUGGAUCCUAUGUAGGUUUCAUGUACUCGGAAGACUACGAAGCCUCUCAAAUGGCAUUCCAUUAAAUUUAAAUGUUGACUAUAUUUAAAAAAAUGUUU